CGGCGGCUUCGGCGGCGGGCAGUGCCCGGGGCGGGGCCCCUGUGGCGGCGAGAUUGACUCCCAAUGAUGCAAAACAUGGCCUCAAGGGCGAUUUCGUGUGUGAAAGACAGACCCAAAAGGAAAACACGAGCAAAAUUGAUGGCCAGAGGCGUGACGCUGAGCUAGGAUUCGAGGGGUUGUCAUAGUGUGCGUUUUUGACCUGAUUAAGAUCGAGACAUGUCUUUUUGCUGUUCUUUCCCAAAUGCUCUCCAGCUGGAUCCACUUGGCUUUUAUGGUAAGGCCUUGUCAUCUGAUUAAAGCCCUGGUUUUUAUUUUUUAGUUUAUUUGAGCCUCCGCAUUUCACGGGCGUUGUAAGAAGAUUGGUAAACUCCCUUGAUGUGCAAGUCACAGCGUCAAGAAGACAUUAACUUGGAAACUCCAAAGGAAAAGGAUGGUGGGCUAGCUAGCGGAUCAGACUCUUGGGAAUACCAGUGGACCGUUGAAGCCCUUACCUGUUUCGUCUUUGGGGAUAGUGUGGAGAAAUAGGUCACUGACCUUGCACAUGGACAAAUUGAUUGAAACAUGGCCUGGGUGAAGUUCUUACGGAAACCUGGGGGCAACCUGGGAAAAGUUUAUCAGCCUGGAAGUAUGUUAUCGCUAGCCCCUACCAAGGGCUUAUUAAACGAACCAGGACAGAACAGCUGCUUUCUGAACAGCGCUGUACAGGUUUUAUGGCAGUUGGACGUAUUCCGUCGGAGUUUACGCGUUCUGUCUGGACAUGUUUGUCAGGGAGAAGCCUGCAUAUUUUGUGCUUUAAAGACGAUAUUUGCACAGUUUCAGCACAGUCGAGAGAAAGCACUUCCCUCCGAUAAUAUCAGGCACGCCCUGGCAGAGAGCUUCAGAGAUGAGCAGCGGUUUCAGCUUGGCUUUAUGGAUGACGCUGCCGAGUGCUUUGAAAAUAUCCUUGAAAAGAUUCAUUUUCAUAUUGUGCCAAAUAGUGAUUCAGACAUGUGCACCUCAAAAUCCUGCAUUCCUCAUCGGAAGUUUGCCAUGACUCUCUAUGAGCAGUGUGUGUGCCGGACCUGUGGAGCGUCCUCAGAUCCCCUGCCCUUUACAGAGUUUGUCCGUUAUAUUUCUACAACAGCCCUUUGUAAUGAAGUAGAAAAAAUGAUUGAAAGACACGAACGCCUGAAGCCUGAAAUGUUUGCAGAAUUGCUGCAAGCUGCAAACACCACUGAUGACUUUAGGAAAUGUCCUAGUAACUGUGGGCAAAAAAUAAAAAUCCGCCGUGUUCUAAUGAAUUGCCCUGAGGUCGUCACAAUUGGCUUAGUUUGGGAUUCUGAGCAUUCUGAUCUGACUGAGGAAGUUGUUCGCAAUCUGGCAACUCACCUUUAUCUUCCUGGGUUGUUUUAUAGGGUAACUGAUGAAAAUGCCAAGACUAGUGAGCUUCAUCUUGUUGGUGUGAUCUGCUAUACCAGCCGACAUUACUGUGCCUUCGCUUUUCAUACCAAGAGUUCCAAAUGGGUGUUUUUUGAUGAUGCCAACGUGAAAGAGGUUGGGACUAAGUGGAAAGAUGUGGUGUCCAAGUGCACGAGAUGUCAUUUUCAGCCACUGCUUCUGUUCUAUGCAAACCCGGACGGUUCAGCCGUGUCUACCGAAGAUGCUCUCAGGCAUGUCGUCCACUGGUCCUAUUACAAAACCGCUGCCGAUGAAGACGCGGGUUUUGAAAGGCCCUCUACUCAUAAACCAGAGAGUACCAAAGAAGAUGGAUAUAGUCAUCAGGCGAAGCAGAGAAUCAGUCCGAAAUUGCACGUCGAUGAUGCCGUGGCUUUGACGCGCGGCCCUGCCCUGGCAAGUGGUGGAAAAGGACCAGUCAAACUUGGUCAUAGUGACCAGAGGGACAAGCUCAAAGACAUUUCCAGAGAAUGUGCCCAAAGAGUCGCUGAGCAGAAAAACUUCCUCUCGUCCCAGAGAAGAGAGUUGGAGAGGGAGCAGAAGAGAGACCCUGGGAGACAGCGAGAUUUGUCCAACGAGGACCUGUCUCGCUUCAAAUCUGGAGCACCCCUCACCGCCUCAGUGAAUGGAUUUCAGCAGCACGGCAGCCAGCCUGGAUAUUCUAGCCAAGGGAGAGGGUCUUCUCGCCAUGAGCGAGCCAUGCCCCAGGGCCGGACCUCCACACAAGCGCCAAGUUCAGUCAAACCCCAGCUGGGGGAGAAGGUGCCCAGUAAAGGGAAAGGCAGCAGUGCUGCCGGAUAUGACACAGACAGCAGCCAAGACUCUCGGGACAGGGGCAGCACCUGCAGCGGCGGCAGCAGCCGCAGUCGGGCCCGCAGCUGGAAACCAAUGAGGGAGACGCUGAAUGUGGACAGCGUGUUCAGCGAUGCUGAGAAGAGACACGCCACUCCAAGGCACAGAGCAAACAGCAAAUCCAAACAUGGCCACGAUCAGAGAGGAAACAGCUGGUCCAAAGAGGUGUCCAAGCAGAAGGGCCUGAUGACCAUCUAUGAAGACGAAGGGAAGCAGGAGACCGGAAGCAGGAGUUCCCUGGACUCUGCUGGGAAAGGCCCCUUGGAGACCAAGGCUCCCGGGGACGGCGGGCAGAUGCAGAGGACCGAGUCAGGCUAUGAGAGCAGCGAUCGGGUCAGCAAUGGCUCCGCCAGCUUGGACUCCCCGCCCCGGGAGGGGAGCAGCACAGCGAGCCCCAGCGGCACGAGAGAAGCGCGGCCCGGCAGUAACCAGAUUCAGUCAAGUAAACCGAAUGUAGACAGUUUGCAGCAUAACUCCCGACAGUACAAAGACCAUCUGGAAGAUUUGAAAGAAAACAUCAGGAUUUCAGAAGUGGCCUGUGGACCCCCUGAUUUCCAUCUACAAGUAGAUAAUCCUUUAAUGAAGAGAUCUCAUGUGCAUGAUAGCGAGAAAUUUUUGUCCUCAUCGAAUCCACAGAUAUUCAAGGACCAUGAUAUAAGAGAACACAUCCCCCAACCAAAUGAAAAGCAGCUUGAAAAUUCAAUGGAAUGCCAUUUUCCUGAAAGGCUUAAUUCAGAAAGGUCUGAAAAAACCAGUCCGUCUUUGCUCAGUGCUAGGGGAUCUGUCCCCUUUCACGUCCCUGAUCAUUCUGCCUUGGCAAAGUUAGUCGACAGCGUGAAACUUCCUUUGUCCCAGUUGUCGACACACGUGAAAACGGGCGAGAACUUUGCCCAGCAAAGUCUGGGGGAACUUUGCAGCUCUGCUAAGCAGGCUGUUGCCAGCCCCUCCAAUAACGCUGGGGUGCUCGAACCUGCCACCAGCCAAAAUCUGCCACCUCCAUUGCCUCCAAAGAAGUAUGCUAAAGCCAUAGCAGUGUCACGGUUAGAGGAGUUCAGUCCUGAGCUGGAACUCUCAGGGAGGGGGAAAGCGAAGCCUCCGAGCCUCCAGAAGCAUGCCAUCAGUGCCCCUUCCCAGGUGGGGGCAGAGACAAGGCUGAAGGAAGCAGGCCAAGGGAAAGAACUUGGUGAGUCCAAACCCAGGACCCAAACCAGCCCUUCCACUGACUUCCAGACCCCUCUGGAUGCAGCUAGUAAAGGCAUUGCCCAGACAGAGCCAUGGCCCAGCGUGGCACAGCCACAUGGGAUAGUGUCCCUGACCACCUACUUUUCCGUGGACAGCUGUAUGACUGAUACGUACAGGUUGAAGUAUCGCCAGAGACCCAAGCUGUAUUUUCCAGUGAGCAGUGACGUGCAUGGAAACAAGCCUCUGUCCCAAACUGAAACGAGGCUGAAAGCUGUGUUCCAUGACCAUCUGGAGCCAGCCGAUGUAUAGGCCGGGCCUGCCGGGGGAGCCGCACUGACAGAGAAACUCCUGAGGGCAGCAGGCAGGCACUUCUCAGUCAGUCCACUCAGCCAGGAGAAGCACACCACAGUCAGCUGGUGAGAUCUGGGGGAACCUUGGCGUUCCACGUCCGUUGACCCUGGUCCCUUUGCGUCUCUUCUUCCGUGUGGACGUCGGUUGUGUUCACGGCAUUCGUGGGACUACUUGGGAUGCACUGUGCUGCAGCAGCCAGUCAGUAACCUUCAGGGUAGUUAGCUCAAUGUGUGUGCAGCUCACCAGCAGUUACACACACCUGAUCAUGCUGCCAUGUGUCUGGAGCGUGGCGGGGCUAGUCAGUGUCUGCUUACGAGGAAGCACUUUUCAUGGGUAAACAGCCAGAGGUUUCACCCACAGUCUUGUUUGUUUUUUGACUUCUGUGAUAGUCUACUACCUAUGAUACCUUCAAGUGUCUUAAAUAGAGGAACAUGUAAAUUUUAUCCUUUGAUAGCACUGGGGAGGGGGAAAGGCCUUAAUUGUGAAUGAUUUUGACACUAAAUUUUCAAAGUCAGGAACAGAAGGGAAGUAAUCUCUGCUGCUGGGAGUUCCAUUUUUGUUUCACUGAAAAUCCAUCACUGAGAAUGCCUCUUCAGCCAGUAGCAUAGAUAGUGAGCCCAUGAGUGUGGUAUGCCAUGAAUGUUACUUCAGUCAUGUAAGCUAAAAAUACUCCUGUAUUAGUCUUUAGCACAUUUAUACCUUGCAGUAGUUCUCUUACUUUUACGUGAAGCCUGAAGGUGGCAUUUUUGUUUUGUGUUUUGGGAGCUAAUAACCAAUGCUAGAAAGUGGCACCAGACCCUUAUUACAAGUCACCAAUGAGUACUUUCCAUGGCUGCCUGAAUCUUUCCCCAGAGAUUGUGAUCUAAGCUUCAUUUAGUAACUGGCCACCCAGCAAAGUGAUGUGUCUGUCCUCAAAUUUGGAAAAUUUAUACUCUUCAGAUGGUCAAUUGGAAUUCAUUGUUAAUAAAGUAUUAUUCUGAAAUGUUCUUUUAGUUUAUGCAAACAUUUUAAAGCAGAUGUCUUCUCUUUCCAGCUAGCCUUUGCAUAAAAAAUAGAGCAAUUUUCCAUUAGACAUAAAAUGGCCUGGAGUUUAAAAAAGAAAAAGUCCAGUUCUUUUGCACUAAGUCAGUGGCCUUCUUGGGAGGUACAAGGGAGCUGUGUUUUACCAACUGUAAUGAAACAGAACCCUAAAGAUAUGUGACUCAGUGUCCCUGCUUUUGUUUGCAAAGGGUCUCAAAGCCUGGAAUUUGUGUAUUACAUGAGCACUACUGAGCCUCAAGCUGUGGUCCGUCCUGGUAACUCUUCUCCUGUUAUUCUGAAUGCACCUGUUCACCAUGACCCACACUCCUUUGCUUCAUCACUCUAAUUGCUAUCAAGGAUCUUACUUCUUCUGUUACCUUAAGGGAAGAAGAAUUGAGGAAGCAGCUUGUCAGAAUGUCCAAGAAAGGGAAAAGAACAGGGGCUAGCUAGACUAGAUUUGGAGAAUUAAAGUAUUUACCAAUAAAGGAGAUCCUUCACAAGCCAAUGACCAGUACUUUAUCUUUCUAGUAUAAUUCACAAUCUGGUCUGUCCUUUCCAUUGGUCACAUGGCCAGGGAUGAUUCCUCAGCUGAUAAGGGGGAAACCUCCAAGAGGGCUAUCAAAUCCUACUUAAAAAAAAAAAUCCAGUUAAUUAAAAGAUGUGUUACUGCAAAUAACUGAAAUGGGAAAUUGUCAUUCCCUAGGUUUUCUUAUUUUAAAUUUAAUACUUUUUCAAAUUUACAAAGUAGAUCUUUUUUUCUCCUGAUCAUAAGCAUCUUAAAUUACAGUAUUUGAGAAUAUUCUGAAAUAUAGAAUAAUUUAAUUGCUACCUUUUGAUGUAAGAAUGGAAAAUAAUUACUUGUAAAGCUUGUAUGUUUGCUUGGCCUGACUUAUGUUUGUCUUCCAUUUAUUAUUCUAAAAUUUCUCAAAGGUUUGAAAUUCUUCUUGAAUGAUGGUUAGUUUAUAUCCUUACACAAUUUAGAAAGACUUGAACAUACCAAGUAAAUUGCAUUUUAUCCUUCCUCCAAAGCUGUAUUUUAAAGCUUUCAGUACUGACAUUUGUAAAUAGUGUAAAGUUUGUAAAAUUCUGUUUGAAAUAACAACGUAUUUAACUUUGCUGCUUGCAUAAUUGUAACAUCAGCAAUAAUAGACUCAUUUCAAAAGAUUCAUUAAUGUGUUUUUGGGGGAAAAAAAGUCUGCACAGAAGACUGGUAUUGUUGCUUUCAACUUGACAUCAUUCCUGAUUUCCAGAUAUUUGAAAGGUCUUUGAUACUGGCACUUUAUCAGCGCUGAGUAUACCAGCUCUUAAAUGUCAAUAGGUUAUUUCAGGUACUACUUCAGCUCCCUUAAAUACGGUCCAUUUAGUCGGAACCUUUGGUUUACAGCAUUUACUGAAUGACAUAGCAAUGGUCAAACUAGAAAAUGUCAUUACCUUUUAUAUUUGAAUGUACACUCCAUAUGCAGGCAGAAUUUCUAACUGCUAAUUUAUCAUGCACAUUUUAAACUUUUGAUUUUACUUCUAGGGUGCCUAUUUUUAUAAGUUUUGAUUUGAUUAUGAAGUUUUCAUGGUAACUUUUGUAAUGUGUUUAACAAUUCUUGUAAUGAACAAAAUGUUUUAAACUAUCUUUAGAAUGCUGUAUUUUCCUGGGAAAUCAUUUUCUUCUAGUUCAAAAUUGUUAAAUGGUAAACACCUUUUAAAUUAGAAUUGUGUGGACUUGUGUUCUUAAUA